AAUACUUGAAAUACUGGAAAGUGCGGAGAAAAGCGUAAGAUCUUAUACCACACACGACCACCCCCUUCAUAGCUCAUAGUCCUCCUUGAUGGAGCUGAUGAGCAGAAGCACCAUUAUAAAGGAAUUUUUUAUCAUGUGAAAUUUCAACUCUACCUAGCUCAAAUCUAGCUUCUUGCCUUCCAAUAAACAUUCCUCAGAACCUGUAGAAUCCGUAGCUAUCAAUCCCGUUGCAGAUACCACGCGGGCUGAGCCGAUGCACGUAGAUAACAACCUACGAUGUAAAGGCCAAGGGAAAUGGCGACCCACGACAUACUCGACAUAAUUCCCGAUCCACCUGCAAAUCACUGUAAAUAAUCCACCCCGAUCCCUCGAGAGUGCGUCGGGUUAUUGUGUAGUGUCUUGUGUCAUACCUCGAGAAGGAAAUAAAAGGAAAUAAAGUGUUUAAAGAGUGAUAAAAUGGACGCGCCCUCGACGAGUGGAGCGACGGCGACCAACGCAACACAGAAGCCCAAGAUCGACCCUCUGCAACUGCUGAAAUGUCUUAGCAUCCUGCUUAAUCUGCGUGGCGGGAUCAAAGGCCUCGACGAUGUGCCGCGGGUCAAAGGGUUGAUGGCUAAGUACUCCAAGAAGCUGGUGAGCAAGUGCAUCUACCUGAACAUCUUGCAAGCAACGGACAUCCCUUUUCUAGACGCGUUCUACGAGGAAGGAGGCUGGGAGCUGGUGGGCGCGUGGCUGCAGGAGGCGGUCAGCUCGAAGAAUUGGCCGCUGGCGGGGCAGGUGCUGACCCUGCUGGACUCCUCCCCGAUGACGGUCACGAGGCUCAAGAGGACCACGACGCCCAAGCUGGUCAAGGAGCUGUCUAGGGACUGCCCUAGCGAAGAUGUACAAAACACAGCCAAGCAGCUGGUGCACAAGUGGAUGGAGGUGGUGCGGCAGGGCGACGGCACCGCGGCCGGCGUGGGGCUGGGCAACGCCUGUGGCGGGGACGACGACGAGGAGAGAGCGGACGCGGCGCCCUUCCAGCAGGAGGAUGUGGCCAUGGUCGACCUGACCUCGCCCGACCCCGAGGACGAGGACAAGGGCGAGUCGGGGCCCUCGCAGACGCCCCAGACUGGCUCCAGGGAGUCGUCACUGGGCGAGGGCGGCGACGCCAGCUCCUCCCUCGACUGCCAGGACGAGUCGUCCAACGCCUCCACGGAGAGCGACACGACGCCCGCGCCCACCACGCCCAUCCGCAUCACGAUCCGCAGCGGCUCGCAGGUGUUGGCCAAGGUGUCGUCGCAGCGCCUGAGCCAGGACUCGACCGACAGCGACGACAACAAGCCCUUGAGUGUUAUCAAGCAGGAGGUGGAGAAGGCCCGGCAGGCGCGGAAGGCGCUGGAGGCGGAGAAGGCCUCGGCGGGAGCGGCCUCAGCUACCUCAAGCACGCCCGCCGCGGCGCCCACAGCUACCACAACUACCUCGCUCUCCACCCCAGCCGGUGACGAGGCCGGGGCCGACAGCACAGCCACUACCUCUUCAGAGACCAAUGAUGUCCAGCCGAACGGUGCUGAGGGCGCCACCGCAGAGGGCGCCGCUGCGUCAGGGACCACGCCCACAGUGCACACCAUCGUGACCUUUACGGGAGGGCUUUCCAGCACUAGUUCGCCCGCCGCCGCGCAGCCGUCCGCGGCGGCCGAGGAGGCGGGCGGCGAGGCGGCGGGCGGCGCGGCGGCCGGCGGCGUGGCGGCCAGCAAGGAGGUCGACGAGGCCAAGGGAGUGAACGGGGAGGACGAAGGGAAGGGCAGUGACGCGGCGAAGGGGGAGGAGGAGGAGGAGGAGGACAAGGUGAAGGAGGGAGGGAAGGAUGUGAAAGUGGACAAUAAAGACAUGAAUGGAGCGAGCGCCGAUAGCGACGCCCAGCUCAGCUCGGAGAGUAAAGAUGUUGUAGACAGUAAAAGCAAAAGCGAAUCCAAAGAGAAAGACAAAGACAAGGAAAAGAAAAGCAGUCGAGAGAAAGAGAAAGAGCGAGAUAGAAAAUCGAAGGACUCGGAGAAGGAUAAAAAGAAAGAAAAGGAGAAGGAGAAAAGUAGAAGUUCCAAAAGCAGCAGCAGCAGCAAAUCGGAGAAGGAAAAGAGUUCGAGAGACAGACACAGAAGUAGCAGUAGCAGUAGUAAAGACAAAGAUAAAGAUAGGAGAGACAAGGACCGUAGUAAAAGCAGCAGCAGCAGCAGUAGAGACAAGAAGAGCAGCAGUAGAGAUAAAGAGAAAGAACGGGAGAGAAGCAGAGAGAAGGAAAAGGAACGAGAGAAGGAGAGGAAGAACAAGGAGAAGCAGGAGUCGGAGGACAAGGCCACGCUGGAGAAGGUGAAGCCUCACAGCGCCGACGGCCUGGCCAAGAUCCCGAGGAAGCAGGCCAGCUUCUUGGACGCGCUGGGCUCCGCCGACUCGGAGCUCAACGAGGCCAAGAAGCCCUCGGUGAAGACGUACAAGUCGCGGGGCUUCCGCAACACGGGGCUUCUGGACGAGCCCACCAAGCUCCCGGGCGUCGCCGGCAAGAAACCAGCCGGGGCGGAGAAGAAGGGCGGCGUCGGGGGCCUGGCGGUUGGGAGUGCGCUGUCUCCUUCCGGGGGGCUGAAGAGACCGUCGCCGCUGGACGACCUGGCGUCCCCGCAGCCCGACAAGCGCGUGAGGUCGUCCGUCUCGUCGUCGCCGCUCAACGCCGACAAGCCCGGCGGAGUCAAGCUAAUUUCGCCCAAACGACCUUCGUUAUCGGAUGACGGCGGUUUCAUGGCAGCUCUGACCGCCGCCGGGCCCGACAGCACGCGGAAAAAAGUCACGAGGAAGAGGAGGUCAAGUGAGAGUGACCCCAAGGAAGGGAAGGGCGAGGGCAAAGACGACGAGGAGAAGAAGGAGGAAGUCAGGUCGCCGAGUAGCUCGCCCUCGAAGCUGGAGGAGAAGGCGGUUCUGUCGCCUACGAGUGUCAAGCCCAUGUUCAAUUUCUACCAAGAGACCUUAAAGGACGAAGACGAAGCGGAAGAAAAGAAGGAAACGGCGGAGGCGAAGAAGAACGAAGGAGAAGAAGAGGAGGAGAUGGAGACGAACGAGAAGGAAGCGAAGGAGGAAGAGGAGGAGGAGAAGGAGAAGGAGAAAACGGAAGAGAACGGGGGCGGCGACGUCGAAAUGAAGGAAGUGACCGGCGAUGAAGAUGAGCCGGAAAUGGAAAAUGAAGAAAGUGAGGACAAAGGCGCUUCUCAGGCUGGCGGUGUUGGUGGUGGUGCUGGUGUUGGUGGUGGUGUUGGUGAUGGUGUUGGGCUGUAUGGUGGAGAUGAAGGGGAAACGGUACGAGACGAAGACAUUCCUCACGCCCCCGCUGUGCCUGCGCCUGCCCAGGAGGACUACGAAAAGGUGGAAGUCACGUUCUCAGCUCCUCACCCGGUGGACGUCCCCGGUGUGCUGGUCUAUCACAGGUCGGCCAACAGGAAGAAGAAAAAUGUCAAGUGGAAAGCCGAGGAGGAUCUCAAGGAGGUGUUCUUCUUCGAGUUGGACGAGACGGAGAGAGUGAACGUGAACACCAUCAAAUUCCACGAGAUGAUGACGCUGGAUAAGCAGCGAGAACGCGAGGCCAUGGGCAAGAACCGUGGCUUGGGGCUCGGCAUGUCUCCAAUGCUCAUGAACAACAUGGGAGGGGGCAUGGGCGACCCUCACAUGAUGGGAGGGAUGGGCAUGUACCAGAGCAACGUGCAAGAGUUCAUGCGAUGGUCACUGCUUCCCAUCAUGCCUGUUGGUCAGCCUAAUGUGAACCCCGGCUGCAGGAGUCAAGAGAGACACGUGCAGGCGGCAAGAGAGAGCACAACCAUUGCGGCCUUCUAUCAUCCUGCGAUGUUGCCAGACAGCCCCAGAGAACCCGACCCGGAGAUGGUCGUGAGAGCCGAGCCCAAGGACGUUCCUCUGCACGACAUCACCGGCCAGGAGACCAUCUGCGACCACCGCAACAAGCCCUGGCCGGAACCCAUCAUGAGCGACCCCAUGGCCUUCCACUACGGCGGGAUGGGCAACAUGGGCGGAGGAGGAGGAGGAGGAGGAGGAGGAGGCAUGGGCGGAGGAGGAGGUGGUGGAGGAGGAGGAGGAGGCGGUGGUGGAGGUGGUGGAGGAGGAUCGCACUGGGUCGUUGGAGGACCCCCUGGCGGCGGGUUCUCGAGCGGGCCCAUGUACGGCGGCCCGGGCGGAGGACCCGGCGGCCCGGGUGGCUACGGCGGCCCGGGCAUGGGCGGCCACGGCAACUUCGGCGACAUGGGACCGGGGGGCAUGGACGGCCCGGGCUGGGGGGGCCCCGGCCCCGACUACCCCAACCAGAACAUGAUGAUGGGCGGCCAAGGGCAGGGCAUGAUGAUGUCGGGAAGGCCGGGCAUGAACCCCAGGGGCAUGAUGCCCAACAUGGGCAUGGGCGGUCCCAGAUUCCGGGGUCGGGGAGGCCCCAGCGGGGGGUGGGGGCCCCGAGGCACGCCCCCCGUGUGCAAGCACUUCAUGAACGGCCACUGUCGCCACGGCAAGAACUGCAAGUUCCUGCACGCCAAGCACCACUGACCUCAGCCCGCGGCGCCCCCUCCCCCUCCCCUCCCCCUCCCCCCUCGGCCUCCCGCGGCGGCCUGCGGCGUUGCCUCGGGAAAGGGGCGGCGCCUCCAAGAGGACCCGCCCGUAUUUUUUUUAUGGUGUUAAUAUCCUAUUUACAUUCUUGUUGUGUAAAUAAAACAGAAAUGUUGGUUAUCGUGUAUAGCCUGUAUUAGUGUAAGGAUUGUAAAUAAGAUAUAAAUAGAUAAUAGAAGAUUCUACUGUACAGUUAUUAUUUUGUGUAACAGUCAAACUUUUCAUAAAUAAAAUACAAUGCGAAGUAUA